AUGGCGGCUUUCAACCAAGCACACAAACUCAAAUUACUGCUACUUUGGUUCCUUCGUAGGAGAGAAAAAAGAGCUAAUAAAAUAUUAGAGAAAAAAACCCUGCUGAGAUCAGAUGCUUAUUCAACGAAUAAACUGCGAAUUACAUUUUUGAAAGCAAUAUUAGUUUGUGUUAACCGUCCACGUUAUAGAGCACUGUGGAUGCAUCCACGAUCACUUACUUGGUUCGAGAUGGUAGAUCGAGAGUAUAAUGACGAACUUUGGUAUUCAAACUUUCGAGUUACAAGGGGGACAUUCGAAUUUCUUUUAAAUAAAGUCAUGGAAUAUAUACGCUGCAAAGAUACAGUCAUGCGUUCUGCAAUUUCGGCGAAGCGACGGCUGGCCAUUACAUUAUACUUCUUGGCAUCCACUGCUGAAUAUAGGACUAUAGCCAAUUUAUUUGGUGUUUCAAGAUCGUUCGUGUGUUUAUGCGUUAGAGAUGUCUGCAAAGCAAUAACGAGCAAGUUGUCGUAUGUUGUGAGUUUUCCGCAUGGAGACGAAUUGGUGCAAAUUAUCAAUGAUUAUGAACAACGAUGGGGUUUUCCAAUGUGUGCUGGAGCGAUUGACGGGACACACAUUCCUAUUGUUGCACCGUCCGAAUGUCACGCAGAAUACGUAAACCGGAAAGGCUAUCACAGCAUAAUCAUGCAAGCUGUAGUGGAUUGCAAAUACCUGUAUAGAGAUGUGGUCAUCGGUUGGCCUGGAAGCGUUCACGACGCACGGGUAUUUUCAAAUUCAUCUAUUUUCAAGAAAGGGAAUGAAGGCAAGCUAUUUCCAGAUGAUCUCACUGUGGAAUUACAAGGAGUAGAAAUGUCACCAUUUAUAGUAGCAGAUCCUGCUUAUCCCCUCUUGCCAUGGGUUUUGAAAGGUUUUCAGAGAAACGAUAACCAGCCGAGAAGAGAACGAGUGUUUAACUAUCGCCUUAGUAGAGCCAGAAUGACUGUAGAAAACACCUUCGGCAGGUGGAAAGGACGUUUUAUUAGAUUUAGAAAAUGUGUUGAUAUGGAGGUACCUGCCCUGGUCAAUGUUGUUUUAGCCUCUUGUAUUCUGCAUAACAUUUGCGAAAUUCAAAACAACGAUUUUUUGCCGCAGUGGGAAGGACCAGAAAGAGCCGAAGAGGCAGUUGUGGGGAUUGAUAACGUUGACAUUGUAGAAGCUGAUGCACACGACAUUCGUGAAGCAUUAGCAGAUUACUUUAGCUAG